AUGCUGGACUUGCUGUCACCUCUGCGCGGCUACAUUGCGCAGAACCUGCAGUUCUACCUGAGCAAGUACAUCGAGGACAUCCAGCUGGAAGGAUUGGGUCUCUUCGGGGGCGACCUGGUGCUCAAUGACCUGGAGAUUAAGCGCCACGUAUUGCGCGAGAGUCUCGAGAUCCCUUCAAGCUUCGACUUUUCGCGUGGUUUCAUCCGUGAGCUUCGUAUCCACAUCCCGUGGACGCAGUUACUCUCUCAGCCCAUCGAAGUGAAGCUCUACACCAUUGAGCUCAUCCUAACAGGCAAGAACAGAUCAGCCAGAGCCGCUUCGGUGGACACAGCAGUUGAUAGAGAGCCUGAGAUCGAGCAGCCAAAGUCCGGAUGGAUUAACGACACGUUGCAGAGAAUCCUGGCUAAUAUUAGCGUGCAAGUCAACAACCUCGUGCUCAAGUACGAGAAUGACGAUGUCGUGUUCUCCAUCGCACUGGGGACGCUUGACUUCUACUCGGCAAAUGAGAAAGAGAGCUGGAAACGCAGUUUUGAGGAGCUGAAAGGAGGACGACGAGCCAUUUGCAAAAGGAUCGAUGCCAAAGACGUCACGAUUUUUCUCGAUAGAUACACAAAUGAUGGAGUUACGAAAGACGGCGGAAGACAGGACUCUGUGCGACGGAAGGUGAUUGGAUACGAAGUGCCAGUGCUGAGCAGAACGUCGGCUUCCGUCCGAGCAAAGUUGCAGCUGUUCCCUAAUGCUGCGAUGAAUGGACAAGGAGACUCAAGAAGCAACUUAGCCUCUCCUGCGUCUCCUUUGCAUCAGCAACGCUCUACGGCGAGCGGUGUCCGUGACGAAGGAAGUAUUAUAGAUAUGGAUGGAUUAUUCGCGUACAAGCCAUCUGUGCUGUGUGACCCGUUUUACUAUUACUCGUGCAACCGCUCACGUGUGACCCCCAUGUACGAGGUGGACAUUUUUAUCGGCGAGCUGUUCUUUUCGGUCAGCGAUAGACAAUUAGAGAUGCUGAACCAACUGAUACAGAGCGCCAGUCGCAAGAUAGACCAAGCUCACGAGCUAUCUUCCCAAACACGAAACCGUGACUACGUACAGAAUGGCGGCGUCAAGGCCGACCCCACCGCUGUGCCUACUAUUCCUGCCGUGGUCUCCCAGAAAGACAUUUUAAAAGUGGACACCGCAUCUAAGAAGCAAGAAUCGUGGUUUGGCUGGGCAAUGAACGCUCUCGGUGCAGCUGAAGACGGGGAAGAGGAUGAGUUAGUUUCUGAGCUACUUGCCGAAACAAGAGGAGCUUUGCUAAAAGGCCAACCGCCCGUGAGUGAUACUGAUCAAGAUACGCUGGCUCCCUGUGAUCUUGUCACAAAAACUUCGUGUGUGCGAGUGUGUGUCAGCUCAGCCUCUUUAACUCUGCGUAAGCAUGAAAAGGAAGUGGAGGUGGAGCUACAAGAUUCUAUAGUUGUGGAAGACGGAGAAGAGUUUGUCCCAGUUGCAAAUCUCGGCAUGGUCAAGGUUUCUCUUCAAACGAAGAAGAAAAAGGUCGCUCGACCGGCGGUGCCAAUUCUCCACUUGACACUCAGUUAUGUAGCACUCGAAAUGCUAGUGGCACGCGGACAAGAGCGAAACGGGACGGACGUGGUGUUUGAAGUCGAAAAGGUGGAGCUCGUAUCUGCUACACCCAGUGAAAAUCGAGAGGAUUUGAAGUGCAAGAAAGGAGAGGUGCUGCUCACAUGGGGCUCGAUCGAUUCGUCUCACUUCUCCAACUGCGUGUCGCACCCGUAUUUCAUCAAUUCAUUCUUUGGAGAGGAAACAACGCGAUUGAGUCAGCGUGAAAGCAGAAGUUUUGAAAUUGUUAAAGUAAGUCUGGAUACUGGCAUUCCCAUUUGGAAAACUUCAGACGCUGAUCGAGACUCAGACGGGAUCUCGGAUUCCCCGUGUGAGUGCUUUACGACAUGGAAUGGCGAAAACAUUCGCUGCGUUCCAAUUUCCACGAUAUCUCAAAUUUGUAAACAAGCAACCAGGAUGAUUGGGAUUAAGGAACGAGUCCUCGAUGAGGGGAUUUUAUCAAAUGCCGUGUCGACAGCCUGGGCUUCUAGUGGAUUUCCUAUUUCAAUCUCUGAUGGAGUGGCCCGUUCAUUGAGUUCAGCCGCACAUGAUUAUCGAGUACAUCGCAAUCCAGACCUGGGGGCACUGGACAAUCUAAUGCAGCUGCUCCAGCCGCAAUUGGUCGCUCUGUUUGCUCGAUAUAUGCUGCAUUCAUGUUCAGCAGCCUCCCUCCAUCCAUCGUCUGGCUCUCCUAAUAUUCGCCACCGAAGCGUUCAUUCGGCUCUUCGCUUGCGCUCAGCAUUAAUGUCGAAUUUUAUUGAGCGAGAUGUAUCGUCACCUGACGCUCAUGCCAAGGAGGAAACAGUCUCGAAAGCGUUGGACAUAUCGAUUGGCGCGGCACAAGCUGUCUUGGAGCCUCCGAAAUGUGUGGAGAUACUGGAAGCCCUUUCGAUUUUCAUGCGUAAGAAGAAAGAUGGCGAGGAUAAAGUCGUGGGACGUGGUGAGACGCCAACGCUAUCUAACGAUAACGUGGUAUCGAAUAUUCAGACUAUUGUGCAGAGUGAUGUCAAGUUGAUUACGGCGAGCGAAGUGCAUGUUUUAGUGCCUGGCAUGCAUGCAGACUCAGGGCAGGAUUCUGUUAGAGUGUGUUCUCGUGGUGGCUUGCACUUGGCUGGGAACGAUUUUACGUGGCAGGGGAGUUUUCAUCCGGGCAGCAGUAAGAAUCAUCUACAGCUUGGUGCUCUAACUGCUCAUUUGGAAAAAACCAAUAAUGAUGUUGCCAUUUUCCCGUUGAUUGAAGCGCUGGGAUUCGAGCUGCUGACCACCGAAAGCUCUGCCGAUGCAGGUGACAAUGACGGGUUGUUCGUAAGUCUGAUCAAAUUAAAGAUCGACUUGAGCUUAACUGCCGCACAAGAAGCUACGACUGUGGUAAACAGAGUAGUCGGCCCUCUCGGAUAUCCUAUUGCGUGGGAGCCAAUGCAUUUGGCCUCAAAACGAUUGCACAAUUCGUUUCAGAUUGAGGUGGGCCGGGCUGGUUUCUCCAGAAUUGUUUCGAAUCAACCCAGGCUAGUGAUGGCUCAGCGUCAGUCGCUUAGCGGAGAGAUAGCGUCCGUUAGUGUCGCGUUGAAGGCGGCAGAAGGCAAGAACCCCAUACUCCAAGGCGGUGUUGCUCCAAUGGCGAUUCGAGGAUCUGAAUCCAUCUCCCCAUUUUUCACGUUUGGCAUUUCGCAGGAAAAGGCAUCUGGUCGAAUGAAUGUCGUGCCGCUGUUGAACUCGCUUGGCUUGUUUACCCUGAAUCCCGGCUUGCUUACAAGUAGCUCUACGCAGUGUCAGCUGUCUGUCCAAGCGCAGCUUGCACACGUGUUGUUGGAUAUGCAAGGUUUAACUCAGCUCAUAGGUGCUGUUCUAUGUCUCGUGAGAGAAAUCUUGGCAAAUUUACCGGCCAGAAAAGAAUCGAUAACGACACUAGAAUGUUCUGAAAAGGAUGCAAAAGAGGGAGAUGCAGCGAACAGUGUCCUAACCGGCUGGAGUUGUACCAUAGAUCUGAAAGCUGCCGGGGGUGAUGUACGUGUGAACGAGGCACUCCAACUGAAGCUUCCUCUACUGUCACUAUCAUCGGUCGAGCAGGAUACAGGGUCAACACAACCAGUAAAACCUGGGGGAGAACUCAAGCUCGUAUUUUCUACGAAAGGUGCAACAUUGCGUGCAUCAGAUUGCGGGACUCUCGCAGGUCUUGAGGAUCCAACCAUAUUUAGUAUUGACGACGCUGGCAUCUCUGUGGAUUUCUCACACAGAUACGUCGACUGUCGUCAUUCUUACGGGAUUGAUGCUACGGUUCAGGUAUCGAGUAUCAAAGCAUCACUAUCUCGCCUAAAGCUUGUGUAUCUCCUAAAACUCCCGUUCAUCGAGUCUGAAGUUGAAUCAAGAAAAUCGCCGGCGAUUGUAGUAUCUCAUUCGCAGGAACCUGGAAAGCGCGAGGAUGACACUAAAGCUGCUUCGCGUUGUCGGUGGUAUUGGAGGCUAGGAGCUCAGCUUGAUCGUGCAGAGUUCUCGUGCAUGGCUGAUAUUUACCACCGCUCAACCCGCCGAAGGAGACAAAUUCGAACGGUUGUAGACGGGAAGGUGCUCAACAUCGGUGUAGCUACACGGAUUGGCAAUUACCACCCCACUCAGAAUCAGCAACAACAAGCUCCGCGACAUCAGUUCACUGAUAUUCAGGCAUCCAUUGGAGAUAUUCAAGUGGUGGAAAAACUUCAAAACGCACGGCGAGGGGUUCGCACUAGAUUCGGUGAAUUUUCACGUUUGCCGGAGCAUGCGUUUAUGGGGAUUUUGGUUUGCCUCGACUUGCCUGAACUGAAAUGCAUAUCGGAGACCUUCCACGUUUCCAGCGCCAGUAUUAUCGAUUUAGAAUCCCUACCGUCGGCUAUGCUAUCGUGGCAUUUAGCAAGCAGCAUUGCCAAAACGUUCCUGGAAGGGAAAACUGAGUGGCGGCAACGCGAGGCAGAUAGAAAGCAAUCCUUUGCUGAAAUCCCUCUAAUCAUAACCCGGGACGACCGUGCGUCAGCGAAGACUGCAAACGCAUUUCCACUAUUGUCAGGAUUUUACCGCAAUUACAGUGAAGCUGGCCUUCCUCACCAUGUUAUCGCUGGAUCUGUGGAGAAUGUGGACAUUGCCGUCACUACAUCAAGCUUAUAUUGUCUUGCUUCUGCGUUGGAUAUGCGUGGUAGAGGAUUUACGGAUCCCUCCCCCGUGUCAAAUGAAACUACUGACACGGGCAAACCCGUUGAUCCGAGGUCGAAGGCAACUCCAAGAGUAUCCUUGGCGCAUGUUGAGGUGUCUGUUUUAUUUGGUCAAGUUCGUCUGAUUCUCCCAAAUGAAAGUAUGGUGGACUCUAUGCUUUCAAAACGAUCGGUGGUGCCAGGAAAUGUGGUGGUGGUGUUGGAAUCGAUGUCGUUGGCAUCUGCCAUACGAAAUGACAUAUCGCUAGAUGGAUUAGGAUAUCCUCCAUUCAACUCUAGAAUCCUACCGAGGCGACCUACUCUUCAAGCACAACGGUUUGGCCAGUCGCAGCUUCGAAUUGGGUGUAGAGCUGGCAAGAUUUCUGGAUUUGUUGCCGAGUUGGACUUGCACGCUGGAGAAUUAGCUCUCAACGGUGUUCUCGAUGUUGUUGGGCCUUUUGAAGAGUACAUCGGCUAUGCUGUAGGGUGUUCCGCGCGUUUCGUUAAUGCGAAUACGUUCUGGUCGCCGCUCAACGUAACGUGCAGCAUUGAAGAGGAACCUCUGGCUAAAACUGAAGCCAACGAUGCAGGAGUGAAAACAACCGCAAGCAUCGCAUUCACCAAGUUGCGACUCGAUCUGCAUAAACCAUCGUUCGACGUGUUGGUCUCGCGGGUUGUGGGUAUAACUCGAGGGAUAAAUUCUCUUCUACGAUCUAUCGGAGCACCACCACAGGUGAAAUUGACUCCAAUUCAAUUGAGCAGGUCAUCGGAGGUAUAUCCAGGUCCUCCAUGCACACACCAGCGAGAAGUGGCGUUUUCGUGCGAUGGAAUCGAGAUAAAUGUGUUCACAGUGGGUAGUUCCACGCAUAUUCGCGUUGGUUCCAUAAUCGUUGCGCACAAUUCAUCGACCCUGUCCGGCAGUGCUUCUAUCCAGAAUCUGGUGGUGGGUCAUCGUACUAACGAAAAUCCUACUUCUAAGACCGUCGCAAUAGAAGGAGUCGUCUUUGGGGCAAACGCGGACCCAAGCUUGUGGCAAUUAGCUGUGGAGAACUAUCCUGAGAAGUUGAUCGCUGCACGAUGGAGUUUUGGAGAUCGUUCAGAGGGAACACUCUUCCUUAAUGUACAAACGUAUCAGCUUCACGUAUCGCACCACUUGAUCCAGGCGUUGACUGAAUUCUCUUGUAUCGAACCGGAUUUGUCAAUUUCUGACCCGUGGAGGGAGAAAGCUAAUAAAAGUGGUGGCCAACCGAUGGAUCGCAAGUUAUUCGUGUUGCAGCAGAGAUGGAAUAUCAAGGUUCUCGUAGCUCCGAGUGUGAUGUCGUACUGGAGACAAAAUACCACCAACAAGGGAAAGUCAGGUAUUUGGAUGAAGUCUGGGCAGCUUUUCGCUAGCGUUGCGGUUGGAACCGAUGAAAUGGCUCAACAGUCAUUGCGCGCGUAUGGUCUUGCUGUCAAUGAUAUUAAUCGCUUUGUCGCUGUCCCCACACUGAAAAUGAUGCUGAAUAUGGACAAGUUCGGCCUGAACACAUCCAAUAACUUGCCUCCUUUGGAGGUUCAUUUUUUUCUGAGAGACUCCGUCGGCCCGGGUCCUUCGCACACUUCCAGCAUCUGGCAACAGUUUUCGAAGUAUAUUAAUGGUGUGUCCGAGGCUCAGCGUUUGCUGCACGACUGCAGCGUUCGAGUCACUGGAGAUCAGCAUAACAUGCUGGAGCGAGUUGUCAUUGGUGAAGCUGGAGUCUGCCUACUGUACACUGAGAUGGCACGGACCAACAUCCAAGCUGAGGUGAACGAGCUGUGUGUGAAACUUUCAUCACCUUCCUUGGCAGCGGUACAGUCACUAUUAUAUGUUGGUAGCGGUAAACGCCUCGAUCGUUCGACUGAAGAUUUAUCUGAUGAACGCUACACGCGUGAGGUUGUUAUGCACAAGAGCAGUACCGCUGAUAACGUGGAUGGAUUUUUCAGCGAUGAUUUUAAGAACUUGCGGCGGAUGGCAGAAGGCCGUCGACCAUUACCUGGAGAGCUCGUAUUUACGGAGUCCCUGUUGAUUGAAACCCAAAGUGUUGUAUCGGGUUCGGCUCUCCCCGUGGUUGAUACUAAAGUCCAAGUUCAUAUUGACCCGAACAUAUUCGAUAUCGUGUUAUCUGACGUAGCAGCUUUUCUCGUGGACUGCAACAAGCCAUGGGACAUGGAAGACCACGAAUCGAGUGGAGAGCGGUCUUCACACGCAGGCUUGAGUAACAAGACGCACAGCUGGAUGGGAAUGCGCUGGUGUUACCACAUACCACGCAAGGUUUGUAAGAUUGUGGCAAACCCUGUGCCUAUCCCUCCUAAUGGAGUUCCAAGUGGCUGGCCAUCAUGGAAUUGGAAUGAGGAUCAAGAAGAUGGCGCGAGUCGGCAUUGUGACAUUCUUUGCCAAUUGAGAUGCUGGGAUAGCAAGAAAUCGUGCUAUGUUGUUGUCUGCGAGUUCUUCGUUCCGUGGGAAGAUACGGCAGCCAGUGCGGGCUCUGGCGAGAGGAAAGAUACCAACGAACCGGGGAGCUUUGGUGAGUUGAUGAGCCAGUGGUUUGAUGAUGACAUGGAGGAAACUCGGUAUCGAUCGAAGAUGCUCGAGUUUGGCGCGCGAACAAGAGCGUACACUUUCGAUAACGAGCUUCCGUCCGACAAUUGGGAGCUAAGAUGGAGAGCUCCACUACAGAGUGAACAGGAGCCCGAGAACAAUCAAAAACGGCUUGUCGUGAAUGCUUUGCUUGCUUCGUCAUUGCAAGUGCAUUCCGUUUUGACCUGCGAUGCCUAUCAACGUGUGGUUUCGAGUGUCACGCUUCCGCAAGUUACUUUGUCUAUUAGCCACGCCGGUCCUGAAAACGAAUGCCACGACAUCAUUACCACGGAGCUCAACGACACAGAGAUUUCUUGUGCGGUUUCCGGAGGCGCCCCAGCGAGAAAACUAAAUGUGCGAGUAUCUUCUGUACUACAAAUGUAUCUGGACAACAUGGCUCAGCUGCUGACUGUAUCGGUUAUCCCACGGACAACCGUUGACGCGAUGGUCGAGAUUUCUUCAAAGGGGCUUGAGGUUUCUACACUGAUUGGCCCCGUCUCCCUGUACCUGAAUCAGACGGCGAUGCUUGUAAUAUUUGCAAUCCCAAAACUUCUGCAAGAGGACUCGAAGCAAUCCCAGGCUAUUACCGCAAAUCCAGACGAAAGAAUGUCCAGCAUGCGCAUACGAGUUGUCAAUCACACUGGUGUGGAUAUCUGGUAUCGACAAGAAGGAACUUCCGAGUGUUUGGUCCUACCUGCGGAUGCUAGUGCAGCUUAUAGUUGGCUCUCACUGGCAAGUAACCCGUUUUACCAGCUUCGCUUCGCAUUAGACGAUCCACGGAAGAAACGCAGCGACAACAAGCUCACUGAUAGCGUGCAAUCAGAACAGGAGGACCCCCGUUGGUGUGAUCCGUGUAGGAUCAAAGAAAACGGUGUCACCGGACGAUAUUUUGAUGGUCACGGCUUCGUAUGGAUUUGCGUGGAAUUGAGCGGUUUACUAACGAUUGUCACACUCCGCUCAUCGUUGACUGCUCGUAAUUACUGCGACUUUGCUGUGCGGGUCAAAGUAAAUAAGGACGGUCCUGAAUAUAGCUGUACCAGAUCCGAUGAGCUCUACCGAAACGCACCAGCAAUUCGAAGAAGCGUCAACCACCAUCUCAAUUGCGUUUCGCUGGAUGGGUCAGCUUGCACUCUUUCUUCGUCGGCAAGAAACGCUGGCAGCGUCUCUUGUAUCAUGGCGGAGUCCAUGACAACAGUUAGCUUUGGUAUCGAAGGUGGUUCUUGGUGUGAUCUGGAGACACUAGAAGGAAUCCCAAGUGAAUUCGAUCUGGUGAAAAUCAGUGACAACGAAGCGGAAUCCUCCAAAAGAACUCAUUGCAAGUUCACCACCCUCCACCCUAAAAGUCCAGAUGAACAGACUCACUACGUCUGGGUGAAGAUUGCUCGCGUGCAGUGCAAGACUGUACUCCCUACGGACUUUGACCCAUUGCGGCCUCAUUUGUCCGGGCGAUACACGUGGAUGGAAAUGUCGUUGUGGCCUGCAAUCACGGUGGAGAACAUAUUGGAUAUCCCGGUAACUCUCAGCUUAUCACAGAAGCUCACAACUGUCAAUCUUGAAGUAUCUGCCGCAAGUGAAAAGAGUCUGUCUACGAUCAACCCAUUUGAGCCGGUAGAUGCUCAGCUGCAGUAUGGACAAGGCGUGAGCAGCUCGAAGCCGCUGAAGUUUUUGUUGCAGUGCAGAUCUGCGGGAGACUCGAAGGGCCAGAUUUUCGUCUUUGAAGGCUGCAAAGUGGUUGUUAGCUUUUGCAGUGACCAUCGGCCGAUGAUCCGGAUAAGAACGGAACGCAUUCUCAGCGUUGCCAACAUGACGCCGAGCGAUCUGAACAUUAGUAUCGGCAGCCCUCUGGGAAACCAAGGAGCUCUGGAGAGGAUUGAUUCAUGCGUCGAGCGGUCCAUUGGCUUCGCAGUGGCCAGCAAUCGUCUGGUGAUUGCGAUCGCAACAAUCGAAGACUCGAGCAGCUCAUCGGACCAUAUUGAAUGGUCUCCAGGAGUCUCACUGAAUGUGAAUGGAGACACAAAGCCGAUUAUUGUGCCACCCGCGCAGGCAGGACUGAGGAGCCUGGCAAGUGCGUACUGCAUCGAAUUGGUGAAUUCCGAUGGAUAUCUGAAGCUGAUCAUCCGUCCACAAGUUGUGGUAAUCAACUCAACGAAUUGUGACUUGAAAUGUGUCCCCACAGACGGGCGAGGAAACUCACUUGUUGAAGAGGAAAACGUAUCGGUGGUCUCGGGCAGCAAUGCUGGCUGGAGUGUUCCUGUGUGUCUGCAUAAGGAAGCAAAGAAGCGGAGUAUUAGAGCGGAUGUGUCGUCUUGGUUAAGCUCAAAACUAUCGAGGCGUCCAAGCGAAGACCCGUCCAAUGCGGCAAAGCAAGCUUUGGUGGCAAGACUAUCAUGCUCUUUCCGAGUGACUCUAGUGGAAGAUGGGUACGAGUGGACCGAUGAAAUAGCAGUGUUGCUCCCGAAGAUCCCUCUACUGCUCACUUCAGACGGCAAAUUGAGAAUUGUUGAGCCGGAGACAUCGUCGUCGGCACCAACCAACACACAAGAAGGUCUGUAUUCAGCCCCGUCUACCACGACGUACCGAAGACGACUGCUGAUCCGCCACCAUGGCUUCAGACACAAGAUGCUGACCUACACCAUGACCCAGAAGGAGAAGUCUAUCCACAUUAUGUUCUUUGUGGACCACCAGCCUCCUGUGAUCAUCCACAACCAAUGGCAAAGCACGCUGGGCUUCAGAAACGUGUCAUUUCCAUCGGAUCCAGAGGGUGUUGGAGCGGAUUUUUACCUGGAAUAUGACUGGGGUCUCCAGGUUUCCGCGAAGCACCGCACGGCCACUACAGAAGAGAACGACACCAACAAUAUGGAGGUUGACCCAGAGAGCAAGUUGCUAAGUGAUUGGUUAGAGGCUCCAUCGCAAUCCCUUGCGAACGCCGACAUACCUGACACUACAGCCAGUGAGCGCAUGCGGUUCCAGAUCGGAUCACCACAAUACGGAUGGUCUAAUUCGCUGUGGCAAGUUGGUGGAAUCCAGUUUGCAUCGUUCAGCACAGAAAACGGUAGUGCAAGUGCCAAGCCUGGCCCCACAUUCUUGGUCAUGUGCUUUUAUCGAGCAGGGUCAUGGCUGAUUUCCGUCACUUGCCUGGAGGAUCCGACGCAUGAUGGUCAGGUAAAUCCUACGCCGUCAUUGGUCUUGCCUUCCGUGGCAUCUCCAGUGAAAGCAGAGCAAACGGUUCCAGCAUUCUUGAAAGUCGGCGUGGUUGUGGAGGAGCUAUCUCUUCAUUUUUGCGACGAGCACGAUCCUCUACGGGAUGCAAGGGGGAUGAUUCUGUACCCAGAGAUCCUACGAGCGACCUGCAACGCUGUGUCGAUUGUAUUUGCAACGGCUCCCGAUCCGCCAGAAGUUUCUCGUCACAGCACUCGCUUGGGUUAUCUGUCGCACAUUCGAUCGUACACAACUCUGUUCGUUGCAGUUGAAGACAUCGAAGUGGGGCAUUUCCUACAAACCUGCAACUUCCCGGUGAUCCUUCACUUCGCUGAAGCGCAUGCGUCAAAGAACUUGCUUCAGUUUGAUCGAGUAAAGAAGCACGAAAGACUGGGAAGUCUAAUGGAUAAGCUACUCGACAAGCAACUUCCCGGUGCUAACAAUGCGUGCUUAGUCACCAGAGUCAUCUACACGGAUACAUGGGACCCAAUUGAUAUUCCGACUUAUUUCCACAGCAUAGAGCUGAAACUAGCCCCAGCCGUUCUCCAGGUCGAAGAUGACAUCUUGACGUACGUGAACGCUUUUGUGCGGCCGCUAAUUGCUGCAGUUGAGGGAGAGCUUGCUGUGGGAGCAAUGCACGACGAUGAUUGCCGGAAUAUCGCACCAAGUGCUGACGUCUGGAGCUUACAUGCGUAUGAAUCAGCAGUGGUAACGACACAGCGCAGAGUGUAUAUCGAGUGGCUGGAAAUCAGCAACCUGCAAGUGACGAUCACAGCGCGCGUAUCGAUUCCUGUACUCAACAGUUUUGAUAGCACACCGCUGCAUUUUGCAUCCACCGAGAUGCGUGAGGUGUUUUCUUUCCCCGACCAGUUGAUCAAGGACUUAGCAGCAGACUACGUGGCUGACACGAUCGUCCGCUCGCCGAUGCUAUUGAUGUCGCUGAACAUUCUUGGCAACCCAGCAGGCUUUCUUCGGAGCUUCGGUCAAGGAAUUCGAGAUCUGGUUGAGAUCCCCUUGGCUGCUUCUAGAAACGGCUACAGUCCGUGGGUACUCACGAAGGGUGUGGUGAGCGGUGUCGCCUCCUUUUUGGGCCAUACAACGGCAGCAACGCUGACGUCGGUGUCUGGAUUCUCGUAUUCCAUUUCGCGGACGAUGGAUCAACUGACGCUACCGCCUGAUCAGCUACGAAAGCGCCACUACACGCGUCCAACGCACUUGUCGUCAGCACUUGCAGAUGGCUUGGGGUCUCUAGGAUCAAGUGUUGUUGGUGCAGCAGCUGGAGUAAUUACUACUCCAAUUGCAGUUUACAAGGAGCGUCAGAUGCAAGGACUCGAUACUGGAAUACGAAACGUGGUAGGCGGUGUUGGUAUGGGGCUGGUGGGUAUUGUUGCUCGUCCGAUGGGUGGUGUUGCGUCGCUAGUGUCAAUGACCUCAGAUGGACUGCUAUAUGGAAUGGGGGGCAGCCGUACACCAUUUGAUGAUUCCGCCUCGCGGUUUGAUGCAAGACCUAACGAACUUCUGCGGUACAAGUUGAAGGUACUACCCGAUGCAAUUGGAAGCAAUUUGAUCUUUGCGCACGGUAUUUGGGUUAUCCCGGAUGGGAAUACCUUGCUCGUUCCCGAGCAGGAACUUGACUACAUCUCAGAAGAGCAGUUGGAAACUCUGGAACCACUUCGAGACCUUUUACUGCCACGUGAUACUACGCAUCGCCUGGUUCAAGUGACGGUUGUGUGUUCGAAUGAGUGCGUGUAUGUCGUGGGAAUGAGCGGUGCACAGAAUCAAGUCGUGUUGGCUCGAACACCGUUGAAAUCGAUCGAGGCAGUUGAAGAAAGUCUCAAGGAACCCACCGUUUUUGAUUUGGGCAUAAAGACGCCAGCGAGCGCAGAAUGGCUGCGUUUCCGACUCCCGCAGCGGCAACGGCGCCAGUUGAGCCACCAACUUCGCCUUUGGCUGACUGAAGAUUCAGUUUUGUAA